UAUAAUAUAGCGAGAGACGGCGAGCGCUCUGCGAGAUUGUAAUACCAUGACUGUACCCGGCACCCAUGGGAACAGUUGUCCAUCAACGCGCAACGCACUUUUCACUCCUGCAAGGGUUGCCAUAAGUAGUAACCGGGACUUAUUAAUCACCGGGCUCGCUCUCGCAUCAGGCGCCCGCAACCGCCCUUUAUUAUUUCUUUUCCCCUCGCGCGCAGCGAUUUCUGUCUUACUAUCCUGCGGCGUUUCGAUUUGUAAAAAAGUUUCUUACGCCUUUCAAUUACUCUUUUAUUUUUAUCUUAUUAUAUUAUUUUAGCUACUGUUAGAAACCAUAAACUCGUCAGCUAAUGCGAUUUUUGUUGCUGUAUAACAUAAGUAGACAUCGAUAAUGGUUGUUAUUGUCAGCGCAAAUUAAUUUAUUCAAUCACCAAGUCAUUAUCGCAUUAUUUGCGCGACACGAUAAAGUUGAAAGUAAACAUGUGCCUGAUAGUCAAAGCAGACGUGGGUAUAUUUAAAUGUCUCACAUUUUUACGCGCAAGCGCGCCCGGCUUAUGACUGUAUACUUAUAUAUAUACACACACACACACACACUGGCAUGCCAUAUACACUGCGGCAUCAUUGCACAUUAGGUUUUUAUUUAGCAAGUGCAACAUAACCUUUCAUUCGUCCCGAUUUGUUAUUGUUUCAUUGUUAAUCAAGUUUGUGUUUACGCGAUACUUACUCGAUUGUGGACGACGAAUUCGCGAGAAAUUGCAGCUACGAAAGAAUCACCCGUACGUGGCUCUAUCGGUAAACACCAGUCGGAGUAAUAUGAGAUCAGUCUCCUCUUGAAUUUUUUCAACAAAUAAUUAGUUAUCAAGUAUGGAUAAAUUAUUGACCAAGUCUAUGGUAGUUUGUCGAACGCUCAACUGUCGACCAAUCGUAGCCUGUCAAUGCACAAGGCAUGGAAGACACGAAAAUGUUAAAAAUGUCCACACUGCAGUGAAGCUUCCAAAAUCAAAAUUGCUUUCCCAAGUCAGACAAAAUAAUUACAAUGUUUUACAAAUACCAAAAAGGAGUAUGUUUAUCCAAACGCAAGAUACACCCAAUCCAAACAGUUUAAAAUUUAUUCCCGGUGUGGAAGUAUUGGGAAAAGGACAGACCAAGGAUUUCCCUAGUGCAACUGAUGCAUUUUGCUCACCAUUGGCAAAAAUGCUGUUCCGCAUCGAAGGAGUAAAAUCUGUAUUCUUUGGAUCAGAUUUUAUUACUAUCACCAAGAUAGAUGAAGAUGUCGAAUGGAAACUUAUUAAACCGGAAAUUUUUGCUACUAUAAUGGAUUUCUUUGCAAGUGGUCUACCUAUUUUUACAGAAGCCCAAUCUUCAUCAGAUACUGUAAUCAAUGAAGAUGACGAUGAAAUUGUGCAAAUGAUAAAAGAGCUCUUAGAUACAAGAAUAAGGCCUACAGUUCAAGAGGAUGGAGGAGAUAUAGUUUUUAUGGGGUUUGAAAAUGGAAUUGUUAAAUUAAAAAUGCAAGGGUCUUGCACAAGCUGUCCAAGUUCAGUCGUUACUCUCAAAAAUGGUGUCCAAAAUAUGAUGCAGUUCUACAUACCAGAAGUUCUUGGAGUUGAACAAGUAGAAGAUGCAACGGAUAAAAUUUCAAAAACUGAAUUUGAAAAACUUGAGCAAAAAGUUGAGGGAACAACUAAAGAGCAGAAUUAGGAUGUUAUAAUUGUUAUGCUUUGACUGUAAUAUAAAUGUAAAAAUAUGAUGAAUUCUUACAAGAUAAUUCUCAAGGAAUAGUUGACAUAUUAUGUGAUAGUAAUAAAUUGAAUCCAUUUUUCA